CACUGAGACCCAAACAUACAAUCCUUAAGGGUCUUUAGUGCUUAGCCGUAGCUUCGUCAUAGGAUUAGCGCCGCGGUGUGCCUGCCUCUUUGGUGAACCGCGCAUCGCCGCUUAGCACAAGUGUCGGAGAAUGCUGGGACAGCCGCUAAGCAUUCCUGGACAAGCGCCCAGUGUACAGGGGACAAAGCUGUGCCACCUCCUGUCCGAUGAAGCUUUAUUGCGCCGGCUGUCAGGGAACACCGGGGAGGACUGCGUGAGUGCCCUGCGUGCAUUAAACCUUCCGGACAGCUUUUGGACUGACGAAUUCAAGGUGGUGCCUUGCGCCAAGACAUAUAGCCAUAAGUGGACGCUCUGCCCUUGCGCUCACAUUGGCGAGACAGCACGGCGUCGCUGCCCCCGCACUGUGAACUACAAAGCAGUCUUGUGCCCUUUGGUGAAGGCGAAGAAAACUUGCCCUCUUGGAGAUUCCUGCAGCUAUGCGCACAACGUCUUCGAGCACUGGCUGCACCCGUCAAGGUACAAGACCCGCCUGUGCUCAUUUGGGCGCAACUGCAACCGCUCAAUCUGCUUCUUCGCGCAUAGCGCAGACGAGCUCCGAUGCGUGCCGUGCACCGAUGACAAGGAGGGUGACGAGCGGGACUACCUGAUGCAGCUUAUCGUGGCCCAGGAGAACGGUUUGCUGCCUCCAACUUCGCUGCAGCAGCUACAGCCAGCGCCCAUGCCACCGCCGCUGGUGCCAAGCCUAAUGCCGGACUUGAGUUCGGCCCUGCAGCAAGCCCUACAACAGCCACUUCCCCCUUCCAACCGUCCCUCCAUCAACGGCCUGCCUGACGCCUUGUCGGGACGCCCCUCGAUGUCCGGCCUUCCAGAUCUCCACACCAUGCCAACACACGCUUCGCUAGCCGGCCUGCAGGAUGCAAACAGCGCAGCCGUCCUGCGCGCCUCCUUCUCGGGUGUCCCGGACGCCUCCUCCACUCCUGGCUUGAUGGUUUCUGGCCGGCCUUCCAUGAACGGCCUGCCAGACCCUUCCGGCCUGCUGGCGGCCCGCACCUCCCUCAACGGCCUGCAAGACGGCCUCCACAGGGCCCGUACCUCGCUAAACGGACUCGGCGACCCAACCACCAACAUGCUGUUCUCCAUGUCGGUCCAAAACAGUAUGCAACGCGCCCUGUCCAGCGACAUCAACGGCCCGCUCAAUGCAGCUGCAAUGCACCGUGCGCUCUCCACCGAGCUGAGCGCCCCCUUCCAUGCGGCUGCCAUGCAACGCGCCCUGUCCAACGAACUGGGUCAGAGCUCCAUGAACGCUGCGGCUGCUGCCGCCGCGGCCUUCUCCUCGGCCAGCGCCAAUGCGGCUGCUGCGGCCGCUAUGGAGCGCGCUUUCUCAUCCGGCGCCGGCUCUGCCUCCCCCUUGCAGUCCGCGGCCGCUGCGGCGGCUGCCAUGGAGCGAGCCUACUCGCUACACCAACGGGAGUCCCUGCCCACGCAGCUAGGCGGUGCUGCUGCCGGCAUGGAUCGAGCCAUGCUGCAGACCUCUCGGUCCGUGGGCAGCGGCGGUGUGCGCCGGGAGCUGACCCUGGCCCACACCCCCUCCCUGAACUCGGUUGAGUCGGACUCGCUCAUCCAGAUGCGCAGCGGCGUGAACGUGUUUGGCGGUUGCCACAGCGCCGGCAUUAUGGUUGGGGCUGGCAGCAGCAGUGCAGGCGCGGUUGCCACUGGCUUGGAGGCCUUGGCUAACCCUCAGGCGCCCACGCGGCUGUCUGACCCGGGCGCUAGCUUCCAGGUGCCUGCGGGCAACACCGCCGGCAUGGGCAUGCCUGGGAAGAGUCCCCUGGGUCGCGUGUCGGAGGCUGGCAACGACAACGGCAACACCGGCGACGACGAGAACAACGCUACGCUGGCCAUGCUAGGCUCCCAGGACCUCUCGGGGUUCCAAUCCCUGCUGCCUCUGGUCAACAACGCCCUGGCUAAUGGCGGCCUGCCCCUGCCGACACAGCCCCAGCAGCAGCCCGCUGCACGCCGCAGUACCUCGGGCAGUCAGUCGAGCAGCGGAGGCCGCGUCGUGUCGCCACCUCUGCGCGAGGGUGCCGGCUCGCCCAGCAACAGCGGCAGUGUGGCCUCUCUGUCGCCGAACUCUUCCCCUGAUGCAACAAACGUGCUGGAGAUUCCUGGUGGGCAGCAGCAGCAACAACAGCAGCAGCAAGUGCUUGCUCAAGGCGUCGCUGGAUCGCCGCCCAAGACUAUAGAGAGUCUAGCUUUCGACGCCAUCAACGCACCGGCUGCGACUGGAAGUGGGGACCAGGCCUAUCUGCAGAACUUGGUCGCUCAUCUGCAAGACCACGGCGUGAAUAAGGAGCAACUCGUGUCUUCGCUGUCGCAGCUGCUGGUUCAGCUCCUGUCUGUCGGCAACUAGAGCGCCACCAAGCAUUUGGUGGUGAGAAGCGCGUUUACUCCAAUUGCAUGUUUGAGUGUCCUCGUAACUUGAGCCUGCUGCAAUCGAUUCGGUUUGGUCGUCUUGCUUAUUGCUGUGGAAGGUUGAUGUGUGGAGGCUGUGUCAUGCGAGGGUCGAGGGUAACCAUUUCCCGAGGCGCUUUGGUGCGGUGUGGUGUGUGGUACGGAGCCGGGGCUGUACAUAUGGGGCCGUCACAUUUACUUCUUUCUGAAAAACGCCUACGGAUUGUGUAGGCCAUAGCAUGCUGUUCGCAGGUGGAAUGUGGUACACGCAGCAGGGCCUAUCAGCAUCCGCGGGUGGGCACCUCAUUUUGUUGGGCGGCAUAUUCCUUCGGCGUUUGCUGGCGAAUUGUUGAUGAUUAUGCGCAACCUGUUUAUCCUGGCGCUGUUGACUUCUUUGACGUGUGUGCCCUGGCCUCACGUGUGUACUAGUAGUCCUGUUGUUAACUGCUGCGAAGUUUGUUAUUAGCGGAGUUCAUGUGCUGCUUUGCUUACUUGAAGCAAGCUGGAAGCCGGCCACCAAGCUCCCCACGGGCGUCUCAUGGUAUUGAUUAGUAAAGCAUGCUUGAUGGCCUGUUUUGGGUUUGGCUAUGAAUGGAAGGGGGGCAUACAUUUGUGGGUGGGUGUGAGGCUUCCCUUGGAGGCUCGAUUGCGAUGGCCGGUUAUUUCAGGAACCGGUCCUUAUCGUGCUUUAGGAAUGUGGGGUUGAGGCGUGGCAGGGGGGAAGAAUGCGGUAUCGCGUCCGUUCCUUGCAGGCUGUUGCCCUUUCCAAGGUCCUGUGUCAGACCCCGCAUUGCGUUUUUGGUGCGAUCCUCGCCUUCAUCGGCUUUCUGGCCUUUACUCGCCACCACCGGGCGAUUGGGCGCGUUGCGACGUCAGGGUAUGCCGUCAGUGGUCUGGGGGAUUUGCUGUGUCUUGUUGCCGAACCAACCCAUCGGCACUACACGCAGAGGCUUCCUGACCCGUUGACGCGCGCGAGGCGUGAAACGGGCAUGGGUGCGCCGGGCCGAAAUUGAUUCCUUGUUCCGUGUAUUAAGAGAAACCCAUAGAACGUGACGAGAAGAGACCUUUAUGCUGCUCCAUAAGCGCAAAUGGGCGCUGAACCUUUUGACUUCUGCUGCUUCUUUUCCUUGGGGGAUUGACAAAAAAGUGCGCCAUCGCUGGUUCUGCACACAGAUCGUACAUCCCUCAUGUUUAUGCGAAUAGGUUUUGAAAGCAGGAGAGUUUGCUGCUGUCAUUAGCUCGUGCCCUCGGUGCUUGUCCGCGCUGUAUUCAGGCUCGGCAGUCCAGGGCCCUGUCCCCGUCCUUUGGGCUGGCAUUUUCCGUAUUGUCAUUUCAGGCGUCGGCGGGUGGGGACCGGAAACAGCCGGGCAUAUUCUUUUGCUUCGUGCCAUGGGCUGGCAUGCUGUGUGGGCGAAAUGAGACUGCGUGUUUGUGUUUUUGGGAUGAAACGGGGUUGCUUUCAUAUGUCGGCUUUGUCUCCCCCACGACGUUACGCAUCCGGUUCCUGUUUGCGCAAAUUCAGUAUGUGCAUAUCACACACGUCUUCUUCACGCGUUUGGCGUGGUGGAGGCCUCUGCUCUGCCGCAGGAUGGCGGGGUGGGGUGGAUGGUUGCAGUCGCAGUCUUUAGUGGCGGCUUGUGCAAAUUGGGAAUGGUGAUUGUUGCCACUUGAUGUUGCCCCAUAUCGCGGCAUGUACGGUUAUAGCCGCGCCUGACGACAGUGCGGUGCUAAUAGUGCUGGUGUCCGAUGCUGUUGACGUUGCCUGGUCUGCAGAGUGGCGCGGAUCCUCCUCUCCUAUACCGCUGGCCUGUUUCCCUUGGCUUAGCCAGCUGUUCCUCCCGGGGUGCGGUUGACGUAGGGCCUCUUUUGACUUCGCAGCCACGUACUGGUGGUGCGUAGAUCACACGAUGACCUCGCCACAAACUCCUCCCGAAGAGACCACAGCUUUCAGUAUUCAUACCCGUUGAGCCAUCGGUUAGGCAAGCUAUUCAUUCUUGUGCGUUGUGCCUCUUGCUGGCUGGCUGGUCUUUUGUUGUCUGGAUGGAGUGCCAGGGCCGGUUGGGACUCUUGGCGCUUCCUUCGGGCGACGGGGGCCAAGCAGAGCGGCGUUUUGGCUGAUGAUUUGUACGUGAGGUCGUAUAUGGGGGUGUGUGGUCUCUAUGGGGAUCUAUGCAUAACCUACACUGGAUGACGCAUGUAGCUAAUGAUUGUGCUACUAACAAGGCUAGCUUGGUGGCCGAGUAAGGUUGGCUGCUGCUGCAUAUAUGUUACCAAAUUGCUUGCUGUUCCUCUGCGGGAUGUCGUAUACUACAUUGUGUGUGGCUAUUAAGGUUGGCGUAUUUCAAUUUGUAUCCUUCUUCAUCCUGUUGCUAAUGGAAUAAUCAGUGGCUGCUGUGUUGUUCGUAGGAAGUGGCUUCAUGGCAAACGUCGUCGUGCAAGGCACGGGUUGUAACCCUCCCCCCAAGGCAUUUUAACUUGUGUAAAUAUACCGCCAGUCGU